CUCUCUCUCUCUCUCUCUCUCUCUCUCUCUCUCUCUCUAAAACUCAUAAACACACACUUUCUCUCUCUAAAAAAACUGCUUAUUAUGGCUACGAAUCUCCUUCCCCUUAGGCCGUCGGUGAUCAGUGCUUGUUCCUCAUCGGGUCAGCGGAGACCCGACCCGAACAGCAGAAAAUCCGGUGGAGGAGGCGGAUCCUCGUCGGCCAACUGGUGGAUCCCGCUAUUCGGCUGGUCCUCGGAGCCGGAUUACAUUGAUUCCGAAAACAGCAGCAACAACAAGAAGCGGAUCGAGUCGGAGAAACUGGAGAUGGAACCGGAUCUUUCGAGAACCCGAACCCGGUUCACCCCGGGUUGCUUCACGGAGGAGAAGGCGAAGCAGCUCCGGAUGAUGAUCAAGGAAACGGAGUCGUUUCAUGACAAGAUGUACCACUCCGCCAUCGCAUCCCGCCUCGCCACCGAUUUCAAAAACAACUCCGAUCAUUGACUGUUAAAAAAGCUCCGGCAUCGGCGAGUUACGGCUAUUUUUCAAGCUCCGUACUAAAAAAAAAAAAAAAAAAACUUCAUAAUAAUUUAAUAUUUUCUUUUUAGUUCUUUUUAUUUUUUGGUGUUGAAAUUGUAAUGUUUUGUAUUUGUAUUUUCCACAGUGUAUGGGAGAUGACUAUGACUAUGAGAAGGAAUAUAUGUUAGAAAAAUGUUAAAAUGAAGGUGAUGUGAUGAUUGUGAUUUAAAACUAUAUGUAUGUAUUUUAAAAUGUAAUUAGUUGUCGGUUACGUGAAAUAUACGAUGAUGAUGGUGAUGAUGUAGCAAAUGUAAUUAUUGAUGUAUAUAGUAGUGCUUUUAAUUAGAGAUUUA